AUUAAAAAAUGUUCUUUUCUAGUUUGCAAGUUUAUUUUUACUUUUACCUCCUAAAGUUGUUUGAAUUGACCAAUUGAAGGUCUCGCGUCUGCAGCGCCGACCGACACUGCGGCAAAUGAAUGAAACGAAGGGAAAUCAAACAUGGCGUUACUUGUUUUCAACAGACGUCAAUAUUUGACAAAAAAGUGUUUUUAAAGUGUUCACUGCCAACAUGGAUUCAAAGAAAAGCCCAAUUCGUCGAGCAAAACGUCAAGCAAAAGUGGUAGAAGAUAAUUUUUGGGAUUGCAGUGUGUGUACAUUUAGAAAUACAGCAGAAGCUUUUAAAUGUCUGAUGUGCGACGUGAGAAAAGGUACAUCUACUAGAAAACCUAGAAUAAAUCCCCAAUUGGUAGCUCAACAAGUGGCUAGCCAAUAUGUACCUGCCACCAGUAAUCAGAAAAAAGAGAAAAAAGACAAGAGGUCAAUGAAAAAACGGAAGCACCCGCCCAGACUCAAGAACGUCGAUAGGAGCACUGCCCAAACAAGAGAAGUUACCGUUAACAGUGUAACUGUAAUUAUUACAGAAUAUAAACCAAAAAUUAAAAAUUCAGAAACUAUGUCAAGCUCCAGUUCUUCGGAUCAUGGUUCGCAAUCAGAAUCCAGCAUGGAUGCGCGGUAAAAAAUUUAUUUAUUCGAACAAUGUGUUAAUGUGUACAUAUAUAUGUGUACAAAGGGGUAAAGUUUAAAUCAACAGUUCGUGUGCGUGUCAGUGACUUGCCGGACGAUGACUUACGACGUCACACUAGUCGGUUUGUUUUGAUUUUUAUUAAAAAUUUAAGUGUUAACCAGAGCUACAGAUAAGCGACCAAUUCAAGAAUGUCCUGUGUGCUUCACAGCAAAAAAAAAA